AGGGUAAAACAUCGACAGUAUGGACACCUCCGACGCCGCGUUUUACGCCGAGAACAGCACCCUGCAGAGCGUGCAUGUACACCGGAUCAUGGAGCAGCACCUGCGCUGGGAGCGGGAGGACAGAGUGCUGGACGUGGGCUGCGGGACGGGACGGACCACGCAGUACAUCGCACAGCGCGGGGUCAAGUCCGUGGUCGGGAUAGACUUGUCGCCAGACUUCAUCAGGUACACAGAGGAAAACAAGCGAAACAGAAAUGUGUCCUUCUGCGUUGCCGACAUUCAGCGCUCCUCUGACCUGCAGCCGGCCUGGAGGCAGUCAUUCGACAAGGCGGUGAGUUUCUACGUCCUGCAUCUGAUCAAAGACAAGAAGCUCGCUCUGGAGAACAUCAGCGCCUGUCUGAAACCCGACGGACGACUGCUCAUGAUCGUCCCGACGUAAGACAACGUCCUGAUGGUGACGACCAGGUUCAUGUCGGCUCACCAGAGAUGGGGGAGGUAUCUCGCCGGCUGUCCCCAGAUGAUGCCCUGGUCAGCUGACGACCAGGAGGGUCUGAGUCGUCUUGUCGAAGACUGCGGAUUUGAGGUGUUGUCGUGUGAGUGGCCGCUGCUGCGCCACUGGUACGGAUCUGAGGAGGACACCGUGAGCGCCAUGCUGCCGUUCCUGGGUCUCCGCCACGUCCCGGAGGACGAGCAGGCCGACUUCCUCUCUGACUGGUGGGCCUGCGCCAGGAACAUGACGGACGCCUCAGGCUGCAGUGUCGCGAUAGACUCAGACGGUAGAGUGGCGUGGACGUUCCGUAUCUUCAUCAUCCACGCCAGGAGGGUUUAAUCAUAAACGAUGAGUUUUAUGUUUUAUGUACAUACCCGAUGGCUAAUUGCAACGUGUUACAUGAGCCUCAACCUCUAGUUUUUAAAUUGUUAAUAUCGAUUUGUGUGUUCAUUGUUGAUGUUUUGAUGUAUUUAUGUCUUUUUAAAUGUAUUCACUGU